AUGCUAGAAACGACACUAAGUAGAAUAUCAAGGGCGACUAGUAUUAAGCAAACCAUCCCACUUCUACGGCUCUCCACGACUUCCUUUGCCACUAAAGCUGCUUCGAAACCCAAGAGCAAACUGAGGGACUCCUUCGAAGACUUGUUCAUCUACAAGACGCUAUCAUCAUCGAAAUCACAAGAAAAUGAACUUAUCAAAUGUACGAUAUUCAACUCCCAGGGGCAAAUGACACAUCAUGGCAAAGACGUACCGAAAUCGAAAUUCAUGAAGCAAUAUAAUCUAGUGCCUCGCGAUUUCCGCAAAUUGUCCAAACACACAUCAGCACUGGGUAGUACCACCUCCACCAUCGGCGCUGCCGCCACUAACAGCAAAAUGCCAUCUUCAACCAUGCAUAAUAUUGAAUUAGUUCCUAGUUUGGUUACUAGAAAGAACUGUAUCAUGUUGAACUUGCUCAAUAUUCGAGCCCUUAUCCAAAAAGAUCAAGUGACGAUUUUUGAUUCGUAUUCAUCAACUUAUUCAAUCAGGCAUGAGAGUCAUUCACAGCUGCAACUCCUAAAAUUAAUGGAGAGCAAACUUCAAGAAAACACUUCAAACCAUCAAGUGAAGGAGUACUACGAGUUUCGGGCAUUGGAAGCAAUUUUAAUCCAUGUUAUAUCCAACCUCACCACCGAAAUGAAGGUUCACAGAACCAUACUUACCAAUGUAUUAUCCGGGUUGGAUGAAAGUAUAGAGCGGUACAAAUUGCGAUAUUUACUUAUUCAAUCGAAAAAGCUUGCUCAAUUUCAACAAAAAGCCACAUUAAUCCGAGAUUUGCUAGAGGAUUUACUAGAAAGAGAUGAUGAAUUGAAUGAUAUGUACCUAACUGACCCAAGAACCGGGACCAAUCACGCUGAAAUCGAAAUGCUAUUGGAGUCAUACUACAAGACAGCUGAUGAGAUUGUUCAAACAGUUGAGAAUUUACGAUCACAAAUUAAAACCACAGAAGAGAUUAUUAAUAUCGUGUUGGACUCGAAUCGAAAUGAAUUGAUGCUUCUUGGUUUAAAGUUUUCCACGGGGUUAUUGUCAAUGGGAGUGGCAUUGUAUUUGGCAGCAUUGUAUGGAAUGAAUUUGGAGAAUUUUAUCGAAGAGUCCGAUGGUGGGUUUGAAUUUGUGGUUGUGGUUUCGAGUAUUGCCCUAGCGGGGUUGCUCUUUGUUUGUGUUAAAAAGAUUAAAAAAGUGGAAAAGGUAACCAUGAUGAAUUUCAAGGGUCAAAGAAGGUGA